AUGAGAACAUCAAUUAUUUUAAAACUAUUUCUAUUUUUAAAUAGUCUGCUCUCAAUACCCGGAUACCUAAUCAAAUUUACCAAUUUAGAAUGUCACGUUAUCGAUAAGGAAUAUGCGAACAUACAGCAGUGUCGCCUAAAAGUGGUGGAUCGUAAUAAAGUUUCGCUAAAUGUCCAUUUAGGAAUGUUGCAACUUCCUUUAAGCAAUAUAACGAUCGGUGGCCAACUGUUGCGCAAAAGUAAUGAUUAUCGUCCCUUUCUUUACAACACCACGGCGGAUUUUUGUAGUUUUGUUAAAAGUGGCCAUAGAUUUUUAUUCUGGAAAAUCUUAUAUGACAUUAUACGGCCGUAUACCAAUGCCAAUCACACUUGUCCCUAUAAUGACGAUCUGAUUGUGAAAGAUUUGCUUCUGAAUGAAAAUCUUAUGAAACUUGUGCUAUUUCCCACAGGCGAUUAUAUGCUUCGUUUAUACAUGUAUUCCUUCAAUGAUCUUAAGGUUAAGGCAAAUGUUUAUAUUGCUAUAAAAGAAUAUUGA